CCGUUAUGUUGGCCAGCCUGUGUACCUGGACCCUCGCCGGAGCAGACACAUUGGGAAAAGCAUCAUUACGAAAUCCUUUAAAAACUGCAUUACCGAUCUCUGUUUUAAACAUGGGGUUUGACUUCCAAAAAUAUCGACGUCCCCUUGUCAUGGGCAGCAUAUUUGCCAUGUUGUCACUGGUGUAUACUUUUCGACUCGAUUUAAUCGGAGACAUUUCAAAGAGAGAAAAAGAUCUUCUCCGACAGACAGAUGUCAGUGGCAGCAAUAAGAUAAAGGAAACCAUAAGAGAAACCCAACUAGAUUACUUCAGAAAUUUAUCUGGGGAAAAGAAAUAGUGGACCCUUUCUUGAAAUGCUGAAUAUGCAGACAACUGUGAUAGGGGUGUGCUGGAAGGC